AUGGAUACCAAGCGCCAGAAGUUAGAAAUGUUGCAAAUCUGUACCCAUUCCGGUCCUUUCCACGCGGACGAGUCUCUUGCCGUGUACAUGCUAAGACUGUUGCCAAAGUUUAAGGAUGCCAAGGUUGUGAGAUCGAGAAACCCUGAAGACUGGGAGGCCAGCGACAUUGUUGUUGAUGUUGGUGCCAAGUACGAUGGUGUCAAGUUCUUUGACCACCACCAAAGGGAAUUCUUUGAGACUUUCAAUGGUGAGUAUGCCACAAAGCUUUCCAGUGCUGGUUUGGUCUACAAGCACUUCGGCCGUGAGAUAAUCACUGCCAUCGUUGAGAAUAAAGGUGCCUCCAUCUCCUCUGGCGACUUGGAUAUCCUUUACGACAAGGUUUACAAGCAAUUCAUCGAGGCUUUGGACGCUAACGAUAACGGUAUCGACAAGUACGAGAACUCUAAGGAAUUGACUCCAAAGUUCAAGGAUAACGCUAUUAGCAUCCCAGGUGUCAUUUCCGGUAUGAACCCAUCUUGGAAUGCUGACACUUCUGCUGAGGCAUACGAUACCAACUUUCAAAGAGCCAGUAAGUUCAUUGGUGAGAUUUUUGUCGACCUGGUCGAAGGCUACGCUCUAUCAUGGAUUCCAGCUAAAUCUUUAGUCAUCGAGGCCGUUAACAGAAGAUCCGAGGUCGAUGACUCUGGCAAGAUUAUUGUACUAAAUCAAUUCUGUCCAUGGAAAGAACACUUAUAUGAAGUUGAAAAAGCUAAGGGUAUUGAAGGCCAAAUUGAAUUUGUGCUAUUUAAAGACAGCUCCAACACUUGGAGGGUAUCAACUGUUCCAGUAAGCUCCACCUCUUUCCAAUUCAGAAAGGGUUUACCAGAACACCUAAGAGGUCUAAGAGACCAAGAGUUGAGCGACAAGAGUGGUGUCCCAGACUGUGUUUUCAUUCACGCCGCUGGUUUCAUCGGUGGUGCCAAGACACAAGACUCAGUCUACAAGCUUGCAAAGAUGUCCUUGUAA